AUGGCCCGUCCCCAGCCCCAGGCCGAGGUCCUGACCGAGUCAGUGCGGGUCAACAGCACCGAGGUGGAGGCCACGCUCAGGGGCGGGGAGCUGGCGUGGCGCCCCGCCGGCGGCGGCAACGGAGAGGGGCAGGAGCGGCGGCUGGAGCUGGAGUCGGAGGUGCUCGGGUGCCGGGUGGACGGGAGGAAGCUCAAAUUCGCGACCUUUGCCGCGAGCGGCGGCGAUAAUGGGAAAGGGGAGGAGGGGCCGCGAAUCGGAGGAGAGGGAGGUCGUGGUGGAGAUGGAGGACGAGGAUGCCGCGGUGCGGUGGGGGAACGCCAUCAGGGGAUCGCCUCGCCUCGCUCGUUCAAUCGCGUGGUUGGAGUUUUGGCAUUCCCUGGACGCCUGGUUCUUGAUCGGGUAGGCGGCGGUAGUUGCGUCAUGCGUGGUGGACUUGAGGAGUUCGUUGACUCGAUUGGAUAG